AUGAAUAUGGAAGGUGUUGAAGUUAAUUUUGAAGAUGCUAUUAUAGCAGGAGCAGAAAUUGGAAUGCCAUUAUAUAAUUUUGUUCAAUUAAUUAAACCAAUAUUAAAGAAUGCAGAUAGUCAACCAAUACUUGAAAAGAGUGUAGAACGUCAAGUAACCGAAGAAAAGAAUAAAGAUAUUCAAGACACUCAAUUAACAGAAGAAAAAAAAGAAGAAAGUCAAGUAAGAUAUAAAAAGAAUAAAGAGAUGUGUAAAAUAUAUAGUUGGAGUAAAAUGGAAAUGGGUAUUUUCUUUGAUGAGCAACAAGCAAUAACAGGGAUAGAAAUUAAAUACCCAUCAAUUUUUAAAAAAGAUGGGAAGUAUUAUUUAAAUAACAAUUAUGGAAUUAAUGAAGAUAUUAAGUUUGAUAUUAAGAAUUAUAAACAUAUUCAAGUAGAAUAUAAUGGACCAACUUUAACUUUUAUUAAGUGUUAUUCAAACAAUGAAAAAAUGAAAUGUGAUUUAAAAGAAAAAUAUAGAAGUCUAAGAGAUGUACAAGUUAAAGAUAAUAAAUUAUUAUUUUGUAUUGAUUCUUUAGGUUGCGAUGGAUCUAAAGAACUUUUUUUAGGAAAAAGUGCUGAUGAAAUUAAAGUGAUAUUUAAUAAAGAACCAGAUUCUAUUAACGUUAGUAAUGGUAUUAUUGUUUGUUCUUUUUAUGACUUUGGAAUUGAUAUUUUAUGUAAUAUUUCUUUUAUUAUUAUUGGAAUUGUUCUUCAUACAAAUGAUCAAACUGACAAACAAUUUCUUAAAUAUGCACAAUGUCAUUGGAAAUUUGAAGAAGAAAAGAAUAAAUUUCAAUUUAGUGAUAGCUGGGGAACUAUUCAAAAAGAUAGAGAAUGUGUUGAAGAGAAAGAAAAUGAAAGUUAUGAUAAAGACUACUGUUUAUACUCUUUAACAGAAAUACCUCACACUCUUUUUGCAGUUCAUAAUGAUAGAGUAUUAAAAAUAAUGAUUUGGAAUGAACAAAAGAAAAAUUGA